AUGACCAGCCUAUGGCUUGUUGGCGCGUCUAAUGACCUGAUCACUUCACAAGUUCACCGGAACCUCGAUUACCCAAAGACACUGCCAGGCAUCCAGUUCCAUGACAACAAUAGCUCCACUAUGGUGGCUGCCUUGCAACAUCAGGCAUAUACACUGAUUGAAGGCCCAGUAGAGACUAUGAAGAAGGAUCUCAAUGCGGACAGCCAUGAACUAGCACACGAGAUACCGGAUGUCCGAGGUGCUAUCCAGAAAGAAUAUCCUAAGAUACCCGAUCCUAUGAUUGGUGAUUACACCAACGGAGAGCUUUUUGCAUUCAUCCGACGCUUCAACAAGGAUGUCUUCGAUGUCAAAGCGGUGUCUAUUGAAACUUCAUGUGGUCUCGACCUCAAUGAUGCAUGGUCUCAAGAUCACGCCGGGGAUAAGCUAGGUCUGCACCUGCAACGAGUUUAUUUGACCGUGAUUCUUGGCAUCGCGAGCCUUGGAAAACAAAUUUCACGACUUCGUUCCUGGAAGGAGACUUGUCGUACAUCAAUGUUCUGUGCGGUAUACUUCGCUGCAUGGCUAUUUGAUCUAUUGAUGCCGCUUGCUCUUGGAAUAAUAAUAAUGGUAGUAUCUCCGGUGGAAGUUCGCAACAUAUUGUUUCCAUCAGCACCGCGUGCUCUGGUGAAUAUCAGGACAGGAGGGAUUCAGAAGCCCCAAGCAGGUCUGCUAGGUACCAACGAUACACUCAUCGGUGCUCCGGAAAAGCAGCCGCAUGAAGCUAUCGAAGAGGAAGCAGCCAACUUUGUCGACAAGGUCCGACACAAUAUUCAGAGAGCUGUCGGAAUGCACAAGAGCCAACAACAGGAUGGAGAUGGAGAUCCACUGGAAGGGAAGCCGAUGGAAGAGAUUAUAUGGGCCGGAGUCAAUCCAGAAACUAUUGCCAACAUUCUUGACAUUGCACCACAAGUGAUCGGAGAGCUGGCUGAUAAUUGGGAAAGAUUUGCGAGCGCGCUUUUACCAACACCGUCAUUUGCUCGUUUUGCAUUCAUCAGAAUAGUGGCUGACAUUGCCCCUUUAUUUCUCCUAUCUCUUUUCGUCAACUAUUACAUGGUAUACAAAGGGAUUGGGUGUCUCGUUGGAUUCGUCAUUUUCGGCGAUCCAAUGCUAACACCUACGAUAGCUUGGCUCAAACGAAACGUGCCCAAGUACAAGGAGCUUGCACAACCGAAAAACAAUUUUCUUCGCGGCGUCCCUACAAACUCCCAGAUUGCAAUAACUCUUCUUCGUAUCGGCGAAGCACACAAAACGCCUCUUCCUCCUGUAAAUACCUCCAACCACAAUGACCCGGAUCAUCAAAAUCCCAUUGAAGCUGAGAACAUACCUCUCGGUGCCACCAGUUCCGACGUGCUUGAUGCGACCAUGCCUUCGAUCGUCGAGAAAGUCCACGGCGACGACGAUGAAGAGAAGCCAAAUCACAAACAUCUUUCCAAGAUUGUCCGCUUCUUCAAAGGCAAUGCUCAAUCUAUCGUCGAGACGAAGCUGGCCAUUGAUCACGUUCGGGCUGCCACUGGUUCGCAGAAGGCGAAAGGCCACUUGGGGGUUUUGCCUAAGACAAAAAGGCAUCAUCUAUGCUGGGCCGAGCGUAUACCAAUGUCGAUCUGA